UGUGUGUAUGUGUGAGAGAGAGUGUGUGUGUUGGGGGGGGGGGCGUGUCAAGAAAGGGAUAAUUGCCCAUCCCCUUCAGCCACUACAUAAACUUCAUCAAUCCUGAUCUUGUCCACGUGCGCACCAGAGUGCCGGGACUCUGAGAGCUUGGCCUGAUUUAAAUCCACUAGACGUUACGGGGACGAUGACAGGGAAUCCCUGGGGAUAUGGAAAACAGGACGGUCCUUCUGUAUGGCACAAAAACUACCCUGUUGCAGAGGGGGACCGUCAGUCUCCCAUUGACAUUGACCCUCAUCAGGCUUCACAUGACCCCAGUCUGGGUCCGAUUGUCCUGAACUACGAUAAGUGUACCUCCAUCAAAAUUGCCAACAAUGGACACUCUGUUGUUGUGGAGUUUGAGGACUCUGAUGACCGUUCAGUGAUCCAGGGAGGCCCGCUUGGUAACCCCUACAGGCUGAAACAGUUUCACUUCCACUGGGGCGGAAAGGACUGCCAUGGGUCUGAGCACACUGUUGCAGGGAAUAGCUAUGCAUCUGAGCUUCAUUUAGUACACUGGAAUGCUGUCAAGUACAAGACGUUUGAGGAGGCGGCAACAGCUCCUGAUGGCCUCGCUGUCCUCGGCAUCUUUUUAGAAACAGGUGAUGACCACAGAUGGCUCCACACCAUAACGGACGUUCUGUACACGGUCAAGUUUAAAGGCAGUGUCACAGAUUUCAAAGGUUUCAACCCCAAGUGCCUUCUGCCCAGCAGCCUCCACUACUGGACCUACCUGGGAUCACUGACUACACCCCCCCUCCACGAGAGCGUCACCUGGAUUGUCGUUAAGGAUCCAAUCAUAGUGUCUGAAAAACAGCUGAGCAAGUUCAGAACACUUGUGUUCACUGGAGAGGAAGAGGAUCAGAGGACACGCAUGGAAAACAACUUCAGGCCUCCCCAGCCUCUCAAAGGCAGGAAAGUGCGUUCCUCCAAUUAACGCGAUCCCAAGAUAACAAAGGCUCUUUCAGAUCCCAACAAGAUGCAUUCAUUUGAUUGUACUUUUUUACCUCAUGGUAGCUUCUCCUGGGGAUUUCUGAAAUACUUUGAACACAAGAGUCAUUCUCAUCACUGCCAGCACAUUGAGAUUUUUGUGUCCCUCUACUAGACAGAAGCGAUGGGCCGAGGAAUCAGUUUUUGAAUGAUUUAGAAAAAAAACAAAAGGGAUGUUUUAAAGCAAUAUAAUAGUAUUAAGACUUUGCAGGUUUGUUAUUUGAAUACUAUGUGCUAUUUGGAGAUAUUAUUAUAACUAUAUGUUGGCGACGAUUCGAAGGUUGGAUGCGUCCAUAGUUGUUGGAAAACCAGUUUUUGUGAGACAAGCUCUUGCAAGGUGCUAUUGCUGUAUAUGUAACUAUUCUAUGCAACUAGUAAGUCUGUAUACAAACGGAUACCAGUCUGUUUGCUUGCAGACUGGUAUCACACCACUUUGACGUCUGCAGAUUCAAGGCCUCAGCCUCCUUACUGAUCCCAAAUGAUCUCCCGUUGAUCCAGCGUGUUGCUGGUGGAUUCCCAGUCCUUGUUCCAUAGAUCCCUUCCAGUCCAACAAUCCUGGAGGUGGGAUUGGAUUAGCGCUGUGUUUGCUUAAACUGCUCAGUUUUGCCAUGUCGUCAUAGGGCAUCAAAGUCUCAGGUCUUUUAGAGCUCAAGAGACUGAGAUAUUUACCACCAGCAGAUAUUAUUUUUAGCAUGCUCUCUAGAUUUAACAAAAGCUUGUGCUCACAACUAUUUCUCAUUUAGGAUUCAGUGAACUCCAGCAGCUCUAACAAGGAGACAAUUAAUUCAAUAUUUCCAUUAAACUCAGAAUCUUUGUCGUCAAACUACAUCCUGUCUGAAGUGUCGCAUUUCCUGGUCACGUGUUUCUACUAUGCAGGAGGUGACGCACACUGCUAUUAAAGCGCAACUCUUGCCAAAAUGCAACCUAGGAGGUUUUUUGUGAAUGUACCACAGUCUACCUUUAGUUUGAAAGCUUAAUUGGUGCGGAAGCGCUACUUUAGAUAUUUACUGUAUUUUCGCUUUUUGGUCAUAUGGCCUUUUGAAUGGGAGUGCUAGGGGCACUACUAUGAUUGCAUAAUUUGUUUUAAAACACUAAGAAGGCUCGACACAACAUAAAAACAUGAAACAAGUAUCACUAGGGGCACUACACAUAAACGCAAGCAUUGAGAACAUUGUGUACACAGAGUAUACUAAAGUUUUAACAACUCACUUUACCAGUUGUUUUUUCUGGGCUCUACCAUCUCCAAAAGCAACUUAUCAGGGAGGAGUGUAAAGAUGGAAAGCUGGUAAGCUCAGUUCCAUAUAAAUGCAUGGAUAAUUAGUUGUUUUGUUGUUAGUGAAAACAAUAUUGACCUUGUAGUUGAAAAUGGAGCCUUAUAUAAGAAUGACUUUUCCUCCAAUGGACUGCGUUCAUUUGAAUUCAUAGAUCAACUAUUUUUGACUGACGAGACGGUAGCCCCCUGGAAACACCAACAUCUUAAAUGAGUCAUUUUUGUAAACUUUGUGUACACAAUGUUCUCAAUGCUGGAGUUCAUGUGUAGAGCCCUUGGUGAUACUUGUAGCAAAGUUUCUUGUUGUGUCGAGCCUUCUUAGUGUUUUAAAAAUGUUGAUUUUGAUGCAAUAAUAGUAGUGCCCCUAGCACUCCCAUUCAAGAGGCCAUUUGACCAAAAAAUGAAGCUAAGGUAAA